AUGGACUCAGAUAUAUUUGCCUCCAAAUUACACCUUCUUUUUUGGUCGUUGUUGGCCACACCCGUUAUUUACGCGCUUACUACCGUAAUCUACCAGCUUUUCUUUUCUCCGCUUUCGCAUAUCCCCGGGCCUAAACUGGCUGCAUGCACACGUCUGUACGAGUUCUAUUACGACAUUGUUCUACAUGGUAGGUAUACCUUCAAGAUUGCUGAGCUGCACAAGAAAUACGGACCCAUAAUCCGCAUCAGCCCUGGGGAAGUGCACAUCAAUGACCCUGAGUAUUACGAAACGCUCUAUUCGAUAAAUGGGUCGCGCAACAAGGACUCGUGGUUCGUUGCGUCGUUCGACGUCGCCGAGUCCGCCUUCGCCACGCUUGAUCAUCGCUUGCACAGACCCCGUCGUGCCCUGAUCGCUCCAUACUUUGCCAAAGCCCGGGUGCAGCGCGUACAUUCGCUGAUCCAGGAUAAACUGCAGAAGCUCAUUAGUCGUUUGAAUGAGAUUGCGCAAUCAGGAAAGCCACUCAAAGUGGACGUCGCUUUCAACUGCUUCACCGCCGACGUGAUCACGUCUUAUACCAGCUUUCGCGCAUUCAACUACCUCGAUGAUCCUCAAAUGGUGCCUAUAUGGAGCGAGACAGUCCGCAACCUUGUUGAAGUUGGAAUGCUCGCUCGGCAUCUACCUGGCCUCUUCCCGCUUCUGGUGAGUAUGGGAAUGAAGUGGAUCCAACGGAUCUAUCCGAAGUUACUCCCUGUCAUCGCAUUCCGGAUGAAAUGUGCUCAGGAGGUGAAGUUCAUGUGGGAGAAUGAAAAAGAAGCGAAAGAAGAUUUUGAAAAGAACAGGUUGUCUCAAGAGCCAGCACUUUUCCAGGAAAUGGUCGCCAAAGCCCCUAACACGCCCGAUAUCACCGAGGCCAGGGUCCUUCAUGAGUACAUUACUAUUGUGGCAGCGGGAACCGAGACCACAGCGCAUACAAUGACAGUUUGCACCUUUCACGUCCUUAAUGACAAGGAGGUUUUGCGAAAGUUACGUGCGGAGCUGGAGGUCUCCUUCCCGGAGAAGAAGGAAAUGGAUUUACAGACACUUGAACAACUUCCAUACCUGACUGGAGUCAUUUACGAAGCACUUCGACUAUCAUACGGCCUUUCCCAUAGACUACAGCGAAUAUGUCCCACUGAUCCACUAAAGUACAAUGACGUGGUCAUUCCACCCAAUACCUCAAUCGGAAUGUCCUCCGCCCUUAUCCAUCACGACGAGUCCAUCUUUCCCAAUUCCCACCAGUUCAUCCCGGAGAGAUGGACCGACCUUGAAGAGAGGAAAAGGUUGAACAAGUACCUGGUUUCGUUCAGCAAGGGUGCUCGCCAAUGUAUUGGAAUGAAUUUGGCCUUUGCGGAGCUCUACAUGGCUGUUGCCACGGUCUUUCGCACUUUUGAUAUGGAGCUGCACGAGACUACUGUGGACGACGUCCGACUACACAGUGACAUGAUGCUGCCACAUCCCAAAUCGGGUAGUAAAGGCGUGAGAGUAAUGAUUGACCCUAUCCUGCACAAUGCGAAGGACGAAAAUUGGGCAUCUAUUCCACUGAAAUAUGCGAGGUACAUUGAUUUCAGAAACGAUGAGUACACGGCAAAACUGCUCACCAUCGCCUGGGCUAUCUUGUUAUUUGUGUACGAAGAGGCGGAAAUCACAAAGUUCGAGCUGAUUCGCAAUCACAAAAGAACGACGGUUAGUACGGCGAUUAGCCGCGAUCAACUGUGGCAGGAUAUCCGUUUCCAAUACAAAGAUGGUGAGGAGACUGAUAAAACCAAAACCGCUGUCUGCAUUUUUGCAGAAAGAGAUAUCGAAAUUUCAGCGGAACUGCAAUCAGCGUUGUUGAUACAAUGCUCGAACGACUUGACAGUCUCUCUGGCAUAUCGCCUGCAUCAUAUGUCCGAUACACAGGCACUUAACAUCGCCAGCACGCUCGAAAAGAUCACAGACGCAUUAAAAGGACCAAACAUUCCUAUAGGCGCGAUGAAUGUUCUCAGCGAGCACAACCUCGAUCAGUUAUCCAAGUUCAACACUAGCCCGCGUAAUGUCAAGGAGGGCUAUCUACACAGUAUCAUUGAGAAGCAGACACUCAACACACCGGACCAAGUUGCUGUUGAUGCUUGGGAUGCUCAAUUAACGUACAAAGAGAUCGACCUCUAUGCUUCGGUCAUAGCCAAACGUCUCAAGUCACUCAAUGCCGCGAAUACAUACGUACCACUGUGUGCAGAGAAGUCGGCCUGGGCUGUUGUCGCCAUGGUGGGUAUUCUGAAAGCAGGGGCUGCUUGUUCCCCUCUCGAGGCAUCUCAUCCGCGCGAUAGAUUGGAAAGCAUGAUUCAAUCAUGUGGUGCCACAACUGUUGUGGUGACGGCCACAUACGCGUCACUGUUCCAAAUGAAGGAGAUUAAUGUCGUUGUAGUCUCUCCCGAUUCUGUAUCGCCCGCAAAGGAAGACCUGAACUUGGCCGAUGCUAUGGUCACUCCACAAUCGCCAGCCUUUCUGAUGUGGACAUCUGGAAGCACAGGUAACCCGAAAGGCGUCGUCCUGGAACAUGUAGCCUUGUACAUGAGCAUCACCGCAUACGCAGAGGCAAGCGACUUAACAGCCAAAACAAGGACAUUUCAAUUUACCUCUUUUACGUUCACAGUCAGCAUAUGCGAUAUCUUCGGCACCAUGGCCAAAGGAGGGACUCUGUGUAUGCCGUCCGAUGAACAACGUCUGAACGAUCUAACUGGAGCAUUGAGAGACUCGGCCGCCUCCUUUUGCUGGCUCACUUCAACAUCCCUUACCGAAUUGGACCCUGAUAUACUCCCCGAUCUCCGGUGUGUCACUGUUGGGGGAGAAUCUCUUUCGCGGGACGUCGUUGCGCGCUGGGCCGGAAAGUGCCAGAUCAAUGUGUCAUACGGCACAACCGAAACGUGUGGCUGGUGUCUGCUGAACCCUAACCUGGCUUCAGAAAGCGAUUCCCGAGUGCUCGGAAAACCGAUCAUUCCUGCAGCUUGGAUAUGCCAUCCAGACGACAUCGAGAAGUUAGUUCCUGUUGGUGCGGUCGGCGAGCUCCUGAUCGAGGGCCCAUUCUUAGCGAGGGAGUACCUGGAUGACGCGGAACGCACCGCAGCACAAUUCAUCCAGCCACCGAGUUGGAUGGAGCGAUUCCGACCAGGGGAAUCAACGAGGCUUUACCGAACGAACGACCUGGUGCAGUAUACCUCAGAUGGAUCUGUCAGGUUUGUAGGCCGGAAGCAAGCCCAUGCGAAAAUCCGUGGAAACCGUAUUAAUAUAAUUGACAUUGAGCAUCACAUUCGACGCGCAUUGGGAACAUCCGAAGCAGUUGUCGACGUGGUGCAUACAAAAGACGGCGUUGAUAUCCUCGCGGCGUUUCUACUGGCCUCUUCAGACACGGGCAUGAAACAGGGCUCCGAAAGCCCCGUUACUCAGGGGGAUGAUGCAUUCAGUCGGCGUGUUGCCAAUGCUUUGCAAGUCCUGGCGACAACUCUUCCCAGCUACAUGGUUCCAACUGCCUUCAUACCAUUGUCUCGAAUUCCGCUUACGCGUACCAACAAGACAGAUCGUCGAUUGUUGCGUGAGGAGUCAGGGGCGCGGACAAGAACUGAGCUUGUGCAGCUUUCAACGCACAAAAUUGAAAAUGUGGAACCGCAACUCUCAAGGACUGAAUCCAUCAUGCAGCAGUUGUGGUCGGAACUGACAGGCUUAGCAAUCGAAAGUAUUGGCCCCGACGACAGCUUCUUUCACCUAGGAGGAGAUUCGGUCAUGGCAAUUCGGCUGGUUCCGUUGGCUAAGAAGCACGGGCUUGUAUUCACUGUCAUGGAUAUGUUUCGAUACCCAAAGUUGAGAGAUCUGGCAUCUUCCAUAAAUGACCGCGGAAAGGAUGAAUCCACUGAGAACAGUUUUUUGAGCUUUGAGGCAGAUGACCUCGUUCCAGACGCCGCAAGAGAGUGUGGCGUGAAUAUCGAUACGAUCGAAGACUUGUACCCUUGCACAGCAUUGCAAGAGGGGCUUAUGGCACUAUCCGCACAAAGAGCUGGUGCUUAUGUUUUGCAAAUGGCCUGCGAUAUACCUUUAACGGCAGAGCUGUUCCGUUUCCUCGCUGCGUGGGAGACCGUCUUCCAUUCCCUUCCCAUUCUGCGCACACGAAUUGUUCAGCUUGGUCGGGCGGGAUUUCAUCAAGCUGUCGUGAAAGAGAAAAUAGACUGGCGCUCUGUAACCAGCGAGUCGCAGUGGCGCGACUGGAAUCACAGACAUCCUAUGCAAUUAGGAUGUCCAUUGGUGCGAUUUGCUCUCCUUCAGAUGGACUCCCGACCAACACGCAUCCUAAUUUCUGUUCAUCAUUGCAUCUUUGAUCGCUGGUCAUCCUCAAUUCUGCUCGAGAUGAUUGAUAAAGUUUAUCAAGGACGGGAAGUGCAGCCACAGACAUUUAAAGAGUUCGUUGGAUAUGUGCAUUCCCGUCCAGUUGAAUCGAGUGACGCUUUCUGGGAAAAUUACCUUCGAGAUGCCCAGCACACGACCUUUCCUCAUGUGCAAGACGCGGCCUAUAUUCCGAAGCCAACUGUAGGAAAGAAUAAGGUUAUCAAGCUCGGGUCCUCACGAAGCAAUUUCACAGCAACCACGAAGUUACGUCUUUGCUGGGGUCUAGUUCUUGCCCAGCACACAGAUAAUACCGAUGUGGUGUUUGGCGCUGUCUCGACAGGUAGAAGCGCUCCUGUCGCAGGUAUAGAGAGCUUAGUCGGUCCGACUUUAGCGACCGUGCCAUUCAGAGUGAGAAUGAAUCUAGAGUCCUCGGUCGCAGAUGCCCUAGAGAGCGUGCAGAGUGAAAGCGCGUCAAUUCUCCCCCACGAGCAACGCGGUCUGCAGAACAUCGCCAAAAUCUCUGCAAACACGAAAAGUGCUUGUAAAUUCGAAAAUAUUCUGAUCGUUCAUGCUCCACAUUCAGGCGGGGGAAUGAGUCUUCUUGGGGACAUGGCUGAUGAUAAAUUGCCAGAGCUUUUCAGCUACGCCCUCACAUUGUCAUGUGAAGUGGUUGGACAAGAUCAAGUUCAUGUCGAUGCAUUCUUCGACCCGAAAAUCAUUGGCGAGAGAUACGUUGAGACCUUGCUUUGCCAGCUGGGCCAUGCGAUGCGGCAAAUACAUGAUGUUCCCAACUGCCGACUUGGAGAUAUCAGCGUUCUCAGUGCCAAUGACGAGCUAUUGCUAGAAUCAUGGAGCUCACUAUUGACUGAGCGGGCUAAAUUUUGUAUACAUGACGCUGUCCGGGACCAACGUGUAGUAGCACCUGAUGCAGAGGCUGUGUGCUCUUGGGACGGAUCGUUUAGUUAUGGCACUCUUGAUGACCUUUCGACAAAACUCGCCAUUCAGCUCCACCACCGAGGAGUAGGCCCCGAAGUAUUCGUUCCAUUACUUUUCGAGAAGUCAAAAUGGACAGUGGUCGCUAUACUCGGAGUUCUGAAGGCCGGUGGUGCUUUUCUUCUAUUAGACCCAUCGUUCCCCAACGACAGGUUAGAAACAAUUUGCAACCAAGUCAGCGCACGAGUUAUUCUCGCCUCACGAGACCUGUCAGAGAGAGCAAAAUCCCUUGUCACUGACAGCCUCGUGGUGGACGACACACUAAACUCGAACUCAGCACCUUCAAUCAUAUUACCGACCACCGAUCCAGCCAAUGCUCUCUACGCCGUGUUCACUUCAGGAUCAACGGGAAAGCCAAAAGGUGUUGUGAUUCAACACGCCGCAUAUGCCUCUGGAGCCAAAGCGCAUAUAGCAGCUGCAUCGAUAUCAUCGAGAUCCCGCGUUCUGCAAUUUUCCUCAUACGCAUUUGACGCCAGUAUUAUCGAGCAUUUGACAACCCUCAUGGCUGGUGGAUGCAUCUGCGUUAUUUCAGAUAAAGAACGUAGCGACUCGUUAUCAGAGGCAGUCGCGUCCAGAAACGCCAAUUGGACAUGGCAGACACCCAGUGUUGUUCGGACAAUGAAUCCUGAGGACUUUCCUUCAGUGAAACACCUUUGUUUGAUGGGCGAGGCCAUUGGACCCACGGAAAUCAAAGAAUGGGGCCAACACCUUAAGCUCAUGCAAGCAUAUGGACCGGCGGAGUGCUCAGUGUUGGCAACCUUGCAAGCUUCGUUGAAUCUGGAUUCGGAUUCUCGGAACAUCGGAUUUCCAACUGGCUGUACUGGCUGGAUUGUGGAUAAAGAUGAUAACACACGCCUAGCGCCUGUCGGUGCGGUAGGAGAGCUUCUGAUUGAAGGUCCCAUUGUGGGAAGGGGCUAUCAUGGGAACCCGGAGCAAACUGGAACAGCGUUUGUCAAUGCGCCCGAUUGGAUAAACAGAUAUCGGAAGCCUGGUUCUCCAAGAGGUCGUUUGUACAGAACAGGCGAUUUGGUCCAGUACGCUCCAGAGCUUGACGGGACACUGCUCUAUAUUUCUCGCAAGGACACGCAAGUCAAAAUCCGUGGUCAGCGUAUGGAGCUUAGCGAAGUAGAGUACCAUGCUAGGGAAGCUAUGGAGCCGGUCUGGGACAUCGCAGCUGAGGUGGUCCAACAUGGGACCCGGAAGAUUCUUGCUCUUUUCUUUGCUGACAACUCAAAGACGAAUACGCAAGAGAGUUGCCUUGUUAUCUCCAUGAAAGAUGAGGCGCACUCUGAAGUGGCGAAGGUCAAGCAUAAACUCAGCACUCGCUUACCUGCCUUCAUGAUCCCAACGGCGUGGAUCCCAGUGUCCAGAAUACCACUUUCUGCUUCAACAAAGACAGAUCGGCGUCGACUGCGCCUUCUCGCAGAUGAUAUCCCUGUGGAGCAAUUCAAUACUUAUAUCAUCGACGGCAAGAUUCCAAAUGGACAGGCCUCAAAUGGCUCCCUUCAUAUUGGUGAUAAGCUAAUGACCGAAGAGGAGCUCAUGUUGUAUGACCUCAUUUGCGAGGUGCUCGAAAGUCAAGGCCACGAGAUCGACAGGAAUAAGGUUACCAUGGAUGAACAAUUCACCGGCAUUGGAGGCGAUUCAUUGACAGCAUUGGCGUUAGUUUCACGGGCAAAGAAGAUUGGAUUUACCUUUACCGCGGCGGACGUGAUUGCGUGCUCUUUGGGAGAGUUGGCCAGUAAGAGGGUUUGA